UUUGCCACUUUGAACGAUAAUAGGUGAAUUUCAGUUGUAUACGAUAUUUGUGUAAAACAUAUUGAUUAUUAAUUUGUAAUUUCUCUUUGGGAUCGAAUACAAGGUAAGACUCUCUUCUUUCAUUUGUUAUUUGUCAACUUUUCUGUAAGGUUUGUGUACGCUAUUUUUCAUCAUAUCUAAUACUUUCCAUCAACUCGAAUUUCCGCAUUACAUUUAACUCGUCAGACUUCUUUUGUUAUUGUCGGAACAGAUGUAAAUGACACGUAAAGAAUUCACAUAUUUUUGUUUAGUUUAAAUGCAUUAAACAUCUUCAAGUUGUGUAAUCCACAACAUUAUGUUUAUAACUUAGCGCCAUUAGAGGCGUAGCUUGAUCAGAAUGGAUGGGGAGACCCGAUCUAGGCGUCGCGAGGGCGUAUAUUAACAAAAGUUGAUGUGCAGUCAAGGUUUGUCUGGAAGUCGCAAGGGCGUAGCUAGUCCAGAAUUGAUUUUCAGUAAAUGUUUGCUAGGGAUUCGCGUGGAAUUAGCUAUAAAAAUGUGCUGUCUCUGUUUGCUAGAGGGUCGCGAGGGCAUAGCUAAUCUAGAAUCGAUGUGCAGUCCGGAUUUGGUAGGGAGUCACGCGGGCGUAGCUAGUCCAGAAUUGAUGUGCAGUCCAGAUUCGCAAGAGAGUUGUGAGGGCGUAGCAAGACCAGAAGUGAUGUGCAGUCCAGGUUCGCAAGGGGGUCGCGAGGGUAUAGCUAGUCUAGAAUCGACCAGCAGUCCCGGUUUGCUAGGGAGUCGCGAGGGCGUAGUUAGUCAAGAAUUGAUGUGCAGUCCUGGUUUGCUAGGGAGUCUCGAGUGCGUAGCUAGUCAAGAAAUUGAUGUGCAGUCCUGGUUUGCUAGGGAGUCUCGAGUGCGUAGCUAGUCAAGAAUCGAUGUGCAGUCCCGGUUUGCUAGGGAGUCGCGAGGGCGUAGCUAGUCAAGAAUCGAUGUGCAGUCCUGGUUUGCUAGGGAGUCGCGAGGGCGUAGCUGGUCUAGAAUUGAAAUGUAGUCCAAGUUCGCAAGAGAGUCACGCGGGUGUAGCUAGUCUAGAAUUGAUAUGCAGUCUAUGUUUGCCAGGAAGUCGCGCGGACAUAGCUAGUCCGGAACUUAUGUGCAGUAUAUGUUUGCUUGGCAGUCGCGCGGGCGUAGCUAGUCCAGAAUGGAUGUGCAAUUAAUGGUUCCUUGGAGGUCGCUCGGGCGUAGCUAGUCCAUAAUUGAUGUGCAGUCUAGGUUUCCUUGGAAGUCGCGAGGGCGAAGCUAGUCCGGAAUUGAUGUGCAGUAUAUGUUUGCUAGGAAGUCGGGAGAGCGGAGCUUGUCCAGAAUUGAUGUGGAAUCCAUGUUUGGUAGGCAGUUGCGCGGGCGUAGCUAGUCCAGAAUGGUUGUACAGUUCAGGUUUGCCAGGGGGUUGCGCUGGCUUGUCUGUUCUAAAAUUGAUGUGUAGUACAUGUUUCCUAGGUAGUCGCAAGGGCGUAGCUAUAAAAAACGAUGUGCAGGCAUUGUUAGCUCGGGUGACGCACGGGCGUAGCUAGUCGAGAAAUGGUGUGCAGUACAUGUUGGCUAGAGAUUCGCGAAGACGCAGUUAGUCUAGAAUUGGUGUGCAGUCCAGAUUUCCUUGGGAGUCGCGAAGGCUUAGCUAAUCCGGAUUUAUGCGCGGUAUAUGUUAGCUGGGCAGUCAGGAGGCUAUAGAUUGAAACAAAUUUAUGUGCAGUACAUAUUUGCUAGGUAGUCGCGCAGGCGUAGCUAGUGUCAAAUUGAUUUGAAGUGCAUGUUUCCUAAGGGUUCACAAAGGGCGUAGCUAUAAAAUAUUGAUGUGAAGUCCAGGUUUGCAAGGGAGUCACGCGCGCGUAGCUAGUCCAGAAUUGGUGUGAAAUCCAGGUUUGCUAGGGAGUCACGCGGGCGUAGCUAGUCGAAAAUUGGUGUGCAGUCCAGGUUUGCUAUGGAGUCACGCGGACGUAGCUAGUCCGGAAUUCUUGUGCAGUCCUGGUUUGAUAGGGUGUCACGCGGGCGUAGCUAAUUUACAAUUGAUUUGCAGUACAUGUUGGCCAGAGAAUCGGGAGUGCAUAGCUAGUCCAGAAUUGUUUUGCUGUCCGGGCUUCCCACGGAGUCGCGCGGGCGUAACUUGUCUACAACUGAUGUACAGUUAAUGUUUCCUAGGGAGUCGCAAACGUCGUACAAGUAAAAAUUUGAUGUGCAGUCCAGGAUUGCUAGGGAGUCAUGCGGUCGAAGCUUGUCCGAAAUUGAUGUGCAGUCCAGGUUUGCUAGGGUGUCGCGCGGGCGUAGCUAGUCUCGAAUGGAUGUGCAGUCCAGGUUUGCUAGGGUGUCGCGCGGGCGUAGCUAGUCUCGAAUGGAUGUGCAGUCCAGGUUUGCUAGGGUGGCGCGCGGGCGUAGCUAGUCUCGAAUGGAUGUGCAGUCCAGGUUUGCUAGUGAAUUGCGCGGGCGUUGAUAUAAGCUAUUGAUGUACAGUCCUUGUUUGCUUGGGUGUAGCACGAGCGUAGCUAGUUUAGAAUCGAUGUGCAGUACAUAUUUGCUAGGGAGUCGCAAGGGCGUAGCUAAACAAAUUGAAGUGCAUUCCAGACUUGCUAGGGUGUCGCGAGGGCUUAGCUUGUCAACAAUGAUGUGCAGUCCAUGUUUGGUUUGGAGUCGCGCGGGUGUAGUUAGUUCAGAAAUGGUGUGGAGUUCAUGUUUUUAUGUAAUCGCAAGAUCGUAUCUAAAAAAAAAUUGAUGUGCAGUACAGGUUUGACAGGGAAUCGCAAGGGCGUAGCUAGUCCAAAAUUGAUGUGCAAUACUUGUUUGCUUGGGAAUCACAAGGGCGAAGCUUGUCCAGAGGUAAUAUGCAGUAUAUGUUUGCAAGGGAUUUGCAAGGUCGGAAUCACAAAAAAAGGUGCCUUGCAGAUUUGCUAGAGAUUUGCGCAAGCGUAGAUAUACAAAAAAGGAUGUGCAGUCAUGGUUUGCUAGAGAUUCACGCGGGCGUAGCUUUACACAUAUUGAUGGGCAGUACAGGUGCUUCAAGGAAGUCGCGAGUGCGUAGCUUAACAUAAAUUUGUGCAGCCACGGUUUGCUAGUGGGCGUAGCUAGACCAAAAUUGAUAGGCAAACAAUGUUUGUAAUAGGAUUGCAGGGCGUAGCUGGAUCAGAAUUGAUGUGCGGGUCCGGUUAAGUAAGGGUUUUAAGUUAAAACUUUUAACUAGUGCAGAAUUGAUGUGCAGGCCCGGUUUGCUAGGGGUUCGCGAGGACGUAGCUAGUUCAGAAAUAAUUGCUUCCCCAUUUUAUUAAAAUUGGAAUAUGCAUUUGCAAUGUUCAUUUACUCAAAAAAACAUAUAUAAGAAUUUAUAUACAAUUAUGUUAUUGUUUUCUUCUGGUUUGUAUCUGCCGAAAUAAUACGAGUACCCAUGGAUUAGAUGUAAUUUUAUACCCCUUAAGCAUUAAAUACAAACCAGCUGACAAGUAGAAUGUAAAUUAAUUCAGAACAGCCGAGGCUUAUCAGCAGAAAGGAAUGCAACUAAAUAAAGGUUCGUGAAUGAGUUUAGAUACGUGUUUAAGUAUAUAUUCAAAUAAAAACAAACAAGGUACAAAGAAAGACUUGCUUAUAUUUUAACCUGAAGCAUAUACCUCCUACCCCUUUAGCAUUAAAGGCAAAUUUGAACUUGUUGGACCUGGAAAUAAUGUGCAGGCCCGGGCCUAUUGUAUCUACGUUUAUCUACGCCAGAGAUAUAUCACGUUCUCAUAAGAAAUACGUAGGUUAACCGUUAAUUCCACGUCCCGUUGUCAUGAUCUUUGUUUCAGUGAGAUUUAAAGAGAAAUUUUACAUCACUCAGUAAAAACAGAAUAAGUCAUAUUUUGAUGAGUGGAUGCGCUGAUAGAACCUUCGGUGUUCAUGACAUGUCAAACUAAGAUUUUACGGCAGUGACUAUUGAUGUCUCUGUCCUAGCUGUGCUUGCACUUACAUUUGGUAUGAACAGCAAACGAGGUACUUUUUUUUUAUCAGUGACUGAUAUAAAAAUGUUAUUAAACAGUUUUAAAUAAAUUAUGUGAGAUAUUAAUAUGGGAAAUUAUUUUAUAAAUAUGCAAUAUCGCAAUAAGUCUAAAUAUACGUUUUCAUAUUCAAUUUGAAACGAUUCAAAUAUUUCUACGAAUUAUAUAUCUUUUAAAAUUACAUCUUGCAUUUCAGAUAAAGAUGCACGCCAUUCAUUAUUCUCUCGUCAUAGCGGUGGUAGCCCAUUUCAGUAAUGCUGAUAUUACCUCCCUUGAAGAGAAGGUCAACUUGAUAUCUUCCAUGCAGACUUUCGUCCUGCAAGACAUGAUGUUAAUUAAAGGCAAGCUUGCCAACACCGAUAUGAAACUCGACCAACUCUUUGAUCGAAUCGACAAGCUUCAAUCGACAGAACAUGUAAGAGGUUUACGGAAGGAGACAUAGAGCAAAUAAGCGCCAAGGUGGUACGACAUGUUUCCGAGCGCGUUAAUCUACAACAGAUUGGGAACACUAUAUCCGGGGUUUCUAAAGAAAAAGCUGCUAAACUUAAAGUUCUAGAAAAGAAAGUUAAUGAAAAUCACAACGCCGUUAAUCGAUUGGGAGCAGAAAUGACAACUGUAUCACAUAAUUUAACCAGAGUAAAACGUGGCUUUGCAAAAGAAAAACUUUCGUUGGUAAACGAAGUAAGUGCGCUAAAAGAGACUACUGCCAAUGUAAAGAAAGCCAUCGAUGAUAUUUUUGUAGAUUUCAAUAAAACCAUGGAUAGCAUGGAACACAAACAGACUGAUAUAACAACAAAACUAAAAAGGGAUAUCAAAACAAUGGUGACUCAAGCCUCUGAUAAUAUCACAGAGGUUGUUGAGAUCGAAUCAGUGAAGGCAACACGUUUAUUACAAGACACGUUAAACUACUUUUGCAACAACCUGGAUCAGCUGUCAAGUUCGAUAGCGUCUGUUGAGUCAAAUAUUUCGUCACAAAUUUAUUAUCGAGAGGAUGAGUUCAUCAAUAGACUUGAUAAUAUUUCAUCAGAAUGUGUUAACUUAAAAGGUUACCUUAACUUACAUGAUAAGAAUAUGAUGUUUAUGCAUAGUUUUAGUGGCAUCGGUUUUAAGGAUUAUCUACAAAUUAAUGGUUCACCACCUGUAUGGUAUUUUCAUGUGCCUAACGCAGGUGCAAGGCUUGUUAAUGCCACAAAAUACCACACAAACGGUGUUCAGGGUCGACUGGAGGUUAACGUAAAUGGAGAGUGGGGAACAGUGUGUGAUUCGUACUUUGGUACUAAAAGUAGCCCAAAUGGUGAGGCAGAUGAAGAAAUAGUUGCCUGUAGAACCCUUGGUGCGGGUUUCACCAAAGGGCUGGCCCUGCCCAGCACUCCUUUCGGUCAAAAUACGGGGCGAAUGGUGAUGAAAAUAGACUGUACUGGCUAUGAACAUUCAUUGUUUGAUUGUACGGACUUGGGCGAUCCAAACGAUCGUGGUCAUGAACGUGAAGUACACUUGCGUUGUUUUGAAUAA